GCUGCCUGUGUGAGUGUGAGGGGGAGAGCGAGAGCAAGGGAGGGAGAGAGAGGCAGGCUGCGAGAGGAGAGGAAAGGAGAGGAGAGGAGGAGAGGAGAGGGAGGAGAGGGGAGCAAGCGCUCCAGCUAGCAUGAGGACGGCUUCUCUUUUCCGUGCUCAGUUAAUCUGACUGUCAGUUGGUGUUAACGCUGCAGUUUAAGUGCUCGGAUUCCAAGGGAAACACACACCUCGCGGAAGGAAGGAAGGAAGGAAGGAAGGAAGCAAGGAAGGAAGGAACUGCAGGAGGAAAAGAACAGGCAGAACAGAGAGAGGAAUACAGGGAAGGGGGGAAACACCAAAUCUAUGAUUGGACCUGGGCUUCUUUUUCGCCAAUGCAAAAAGGAAUAUGCAGCACAUUUUUGCCUUCUUCUGCACCGGUUUCCUAGGCGCGGUAGUAGGUGCCAAUUUCCCCAACAAUAUCCAGAUCGGGGGAUUAUUUCCAAACCAGCAGUCGCAGGAACAUGCCGCUUUUAGAUUUGCUUUGUCGCAACUCACAGAGCCCCCGAAGCUCCUCCCCCAGAUUGAUAUUGUGAACAUCAGUGACAGCUUUGAGAUGACCUAUAGAUUCUGUUCCCAGUUCUCCAAAGGAGUCUAUGCCAUCUUUGGAUUUUAUGAACGGAGGACCGUCAACAUGCUGACCUCCUUCUGUGGGGCCCUCCAUGUCUGCUUUAUUACGCCGAGCUUUCCCGUUGACACAUCCAACCAGUUUGUCCUUCAGCUGCGCCCCGAGCUGCAGGAUGCUCUCAUCAGUAUUAUCGACCAUUACAAGUGGCAGAAAUUUGUCUACAUUUAUGAUGCUGACCGGGGUUUGUCCGUCCUACAGAAAGUCCUGGACACAGCUGCUGAGAAGAACUGGCAGGUGACAGCAGUCAACAUUUUGACAACAACGGAAGAGGGAUAUCGGAUGCUCUUUCAGGACCUGGAGAAGAAAAAGGAGCGGCUGGUGGUGGUGGACUGUGAAUCGGAACGCCUCAAUGCUAUCUUGGGCCAGAUUAUAAAGCUGGAGAAGAAUGGCAUCGGCUACCACUACAUCCUUGCAAAUCUGGGUUUCAUGGACAUUGACUUAAACAAAUUCAAGGAGAGUGGAGCAAAUGUGACAGGUUUCCAGUUGGUGAACUACACAGACACCAUCCCAGCCAAGAUCAUGCAGCAGUGGAAGAACAGCGACUCUCGAGACCACACCCGGGUGGACUGGAAGAGACCUAAGUACACCUCUGCGCUCACCUACGAUGGGGUGAAGGUGAUGGCUGAGGCUUUCCAGAGCUUGAGGAGGCAAAGAAUUGAUAUAUCCCGCCGGGGAAAUGCUGGGGACUGCCUGGCUAACCCAGCUGUGCCCUGGGGCCAGGGGAUCGACAUCCAGAGAGCCCUGCAGCAGGUGCGGUUUGAAGGCCUGACAGGAAACGUGCAGUUCAAUGAGAAAGGACGCCGGACCAACUAUACCCUCCAUGUGAUUGAAAUGAAGCAUGAUGGCAUCCGGAAGAUUGGUUACUGGAAUGAAGAUGAUAAGUUUGUCCCUGCAGCCACUGAUGCUCAAGCUGGGGGAGAUAAUUCAAGUGUCCAGAAUAGAACGUACAUCGUCACUACAAUCCUAGAAGAUCCUUAUGUAAUGCUCAAGAAGAACGCCAACCAGUUCGAGGGCAAUGACCGCUAUGAGGGCUACUGUGUGGAGCUGGCAGCAGAGAUUGCCAAGCAUGUGGGCUACUCCUACCGUCUUGAGAUCGUCAGUGAUGGAAAAUAUGGAGCCCGUGACCCUGACACAAAGGCUUGGAAUGGCAUGGUGGGAGAGCUUGUCUACGGAAGAGCAGAUGUGGCUGUGGCCCCUUUAACUAUCACCUUGGUCCGGGAAGAAGUGAUAGACUUCUCCAAGCCAUUUAUGAGUUUGGGGAUCUCCAUCAUGAUAAAAAAGCCACAGAAGUCCAAGCCGGGGGUUUUCUCCUUCCUCGAUCCUUUGGCUUAUGAAAUUUGGAUGUGCAUUGUGUUUGCCUACAUUGGAGUGAGUGUCGUCCUUUUCCUGGUCAGCCGCUUCAGCCCCUACGAAUGGCACAGUGAAGAGUUUGAGGAAGGGCGGGACCAGACAACCAGUGACCAAUCCAAUGAGUUUGGAAUAUUCAACAGCUUGUGGUUCUCCCUGGGAGCCUUCAUGCAGCAAGGAUGUGACAUCUCCCCCAGGUCCCUGUCCGGCCGUAUCGUUGGUGGUGUCUGGUGGUUCUUCACUUUGAUCAUCAUCUCCUCAUACACAGCCAACCUGGCUGCCUUCUUGACCGUGGAGAGGAUGGUGUCACCCAUUGAGAGUGCGGAGGACCUAGCAAAGCAGACGGAAAUUGCGUAUGGGACACUGGAAGCAGGAUCCACUAAGGAAUUCUUCCGGAGGUCUAAAAUUGCUGUGUUUGAGAAGAUGUGGACAUAUAUGAAGUCAGCAGAACCAUCAGUGUUUGUGCGGACCACAGAGGAGGGGAUGAUCCGAGUGAGGAAAUCCAAAGGCAAAUACGCCUACCUUCUGGAGUCCACCAUGAAUGAGUACAUUGAGCAGCGGAAACCCUGUGACACCAUGAAGGUGGGAGGUAACUUGGAUUCCAAAGGCUAUGGCAUUGCGACACCCAAGGGGUCCGCCCUGAGAAAUCCAGUAAACCUGGCAGUGUUAAAACUGAACGAGCAGGGGCUUUUGGACAAAUUGAAAAACAAAUGGUGGUACGACAAGGGCGAGUGCGGCAGCGGGGGAGGUGAUUCCAAGGACAAGACAAGCGCUCUGAGCCUCAGCAAUGUGGCGGGCGUGUUCUACAUCCUGAUCGGAGGACUUGGACUAGCCAUGCUGGUUGCCUUAAUCGAGUUCUGCUACAAAUCCCGUAGCGAGUCCAAGCGGAUGAAGGGUUUCUGUUUGAUCCCACAGCAAUCCAUCAAUGAAGCCAUACGGACAUCGACACUCCCCCGAAACAGCGGGGCAGGAGCCAGUGGUGGUGGUGGUAGUGGAGAGAAUGGCCGAGUGGUCAGCCAUGACUUCCCCAAGUCCAUGCAAUCAAUUCCCUGCAUGAGCCACAGUUCAGGGAUGCCCUUGGGAGCCACAGGAUUAUAACUGGAACAGAUGGAGACCCCUUGGGGAGCAGGCUCGGGCUCCUCCAACCCCAUCCCAAGCCCUUCAGUGCCAAAAACAACAAAAUGAAACGCAACCACCACCAACCACUACGACCACAAGGAGGAGGAUUCAACAGAUUUUCAUGAAGAAUUGAAAACCAUUCUGCUAUCCCUUUUCCUUUUUUGAUGUUCUUUCACCCUUUUCCGUUGCUAAGUAAGGAUGAUAAAUCACACUGCCCUGCAAUAAGGGGAAAUAACCCUAUCUAAAAGAGCUUGUGUCUCUGACAAUGGUGUCAUCAGAACACUAAUGAGGAAACUGUACUGUUUUCUUUUGAUUCAUUUGUUAAUGUGUCUUAGUGUGUGCAAUUUUUUUCUUACUAAUAUUCAUGGUUUGCAGAUUCUGUUAGGCCCCUUCCUUCUCCUUACUUCUUAUUCCCAACUCCUUACCCACCCCUCUUCAGUUUUCAGAUUGGAGAUUACAGGUUUGUUCCACUUAAAAGCAAGCAAAAGGAAAAAAGCAACUUUCAAACUAAUUCGCCAUGGGAGCUCUCUAAGUUACCCUCUAGCCUAUGGCUCCAAGCCCUGGAUGAAGAUGGAGGUCAUUGAAGGAGGGCACUGCUUUCCCCAGACAGAGCACUGCCUAAACACUGAUUUAGCUGAGAAUGCUUGUGAAAAGCAAGUGAGACCAAGGGUGGCGGAGAGGGCACAGGCAAGUGUGCACUCAGAGGAGGACUCAUGAAGUUAUUGCUUGAAGCCCCAAUAAAACUUCCUUUAAUGUGUAAGAGCCAUCUCACAAGCCUUCGCUGGAAUGGUAUAUUUCUUCACAGAGUCAACCUCAGCCCUGAGAAGUAUGUCCUUCUGACUACAUUCAAGCCCAAAGGCACUCUGGUGGCUGAAGGGCAAUUGGCCUCCUGAGCCAAAUAGAGACUUGGGAACAGCUGGCAGCCAGGAAGAUAGCACCCAUGAUUUUCGCUUCUCAUUUGCUUAACAUCUGAGCAGAAGCCCCACUGAGGAAUACACUCUUUUUCUCUUUGGAGUCUCUGACAUGAGGGGAAUGCUAUUCAAGCUAAGUGCAAAAGAAAGGUGAUGGAAGAAUUUUGGAAAAGGAAGCUUCACCGAAGCCCAAAAGCAAUAGAACCUUCCAUGAUGUGCCCUCUCUUUGGUUUGAGAGGUUGAAUAUGACGCUUAGGGUUUCGUUGACCCAGACAACUUGGGUUUUCAUGUCCAUAUAAAAGUGUUAUUUUAGCAUGUGGCCAGACAACUUUCUAAAAAGUAAAAUACCCAAGGCUGAAUUAUUUAAAGGACGAAAUGGAGAUGGAUUAAAUUGAUAAUGACAUUGGAGUCCUUAAGAUCCCUGGCCCCAACUUUUAAGCCAAGGAGGCAGACCUUCCCCCUGGUUAAAACAGAAUGGAAAUGUUAUAUUCUGGUGACCAGAAUCAAUACACCCAAGAUCGUGACUACAGCUGAGCUAAAGCAAGACUGGAGAGGUGACAGGGCUUAUGGAGAGAAGCCCAGGCAGACUGCAACUUUGGUUGGGAGGGUGCAGUUCCUAGCACAUGGCUUUCUUGGAGAUCCCAACUCUCAUUCUUGGUGCAAUUGGCUUCCAGCUCUCCAGCAGCCAUCUCCUAGGUGCAUGAUUCAGUGUGUGCCAUGUGUCAUUAGCUUUUAUUGAUAACCAUAUUCUGGCUGUCCCCUUAUCCCCAACUUCUAUCCAGUCUUCUCUGCUAGGGGUUAUCAUUAGCAAUUGACAAACUAAAGGUUUUGGAGCCUGCCUACGAGUAGGCAGCAUGAUUGGUUUCAUCUGUAGAUUCUCUCGCUGGAAACACACCACCUCUAUGUCCCUCUUAUUCUUCUUUCAUCAGCCAUAGCAAAGAAUCAUUCCAAACUCAAACUCUUUGCCCUUUCAACUCAAGUGUUAUUGUUCAGUCUCUCACAUGUCAAUGUGGGAAUGGUACGUGAAGCAAGACCCUUGAGGUGGAUUAUCACUUUCCACUACUGCCAGCUGAUGUCCUCCCCCAGCCCUUGCCCUCUUGUCAGAUUUUUCUCAGCCCUUAUCCUACCACUGCAGAAUCUGGUCUGACCCGCCAUUAGGGAACCUGCAUUUCAGAGGAGUUGGAAAUAACCCUCUACCAUUAACAUGCUUCAAAGACCUUUUGCCUUUGGCCUGGCAGGAUGCCUCUCCAGCUACUGAGCACCAGUAACAUGAUCUGAUGGUGAGAGGCCAUCCGUGCUAAAAAUGAGGGUCUAUGUUAAGUGGGGGUCCAAGACUCCAGUGGAAGAUAUUUUUGUCAAUGGAGAAGUGACAAGAAAAACAAAAGCAAGGGAAAAAAAAAGUUAACUUGUAUUAUGUAUUUUUACUACACUUUUCUUAAAAAUAGAGCAAUGGGAAAACUCUGAAAGAUUGACAUUUUUCUCAACAGGAACCCAUACUUAACAAUUCUAGCUUUCAUUAAAUUUUGCUCUUUGGUACCUGGGCCUUUUAUUUAACAUCUAUAUUUGUUUUAACUCUCUUGGCAGAUGUGUGAAAGGAUUUUUGCUUGAUCUAACACUAAAUAUUUUUUUUUGUUUGUUUCUGUUUUUUUCCCCAAGUAGCCAGGUUGAUUUUUUUUCUUUUGGCAUUUGCAUAAACUGAAAAUAUCACCGAGAAUUAAAUCACUGUGGAUCCAUUA